AUGGCACCUAAACGGAAACUUUCAGAUUCAGAUGCCCCGGAAGUGGUACACCCAUCUAGACAAGUUCAAGUCUAUGGUGAUGAGCCAAAACCUGCAAAGAAGCGCAAGUCGGAACCCGCAUUCAACAAGAAACAAGCCCAUGCUUCAAGCGUUAAUACCAUAAAGAAGAAGAUAAGAGAUACAACAAGGAAGCUUGAAAGGGCACAAGAUCUUCCUGCAGAUGUGCGCGUAGAGAAUGAACGGGCUCUUGCUGCAUAUCAGCAGGAAUUGGCUUCUGCGGAAGCCGAGAAGAUUAGACAGAAAAUGAUCAAGAAAUAUCACAUGGUUCGAUUCUUUGAGCGUCAAAAGGCUACUAGACAACUAAAGAAGCUUCGAAAACGUCUUCUGGAAACCCAAUCUACCGAGGAAGUUGAGCAAUUGAAGGAAGAGAUGCACAUUCUUGAGGUGGAUCUCAAUUACACUCAAUACCACCCUCUAAGCGAAACAUAUAUUAGUUUAUAUCCCCCGAAAGGAUCAAAAGAGGAUGCAGAGGACAAAGCGGAUAAGGAGAAGCCCCCGAUGUGGAAAGAGGUGGAAAAGUGCAUGGAGGAAGGAACCCUCGAUCGGUUAAGGAAUAGAAAACCAGACAUCACUAUUUCAACUACAAAACCCGUCAAACUUCCGGAGAGAAAGUCUAUAAAACAUAAGCCAGUACCAAAACCAAAAUUGGAAGAGCAAGCUCCAUCAAUUGAUACUACAGGAAUGAAUCGACGCCAGAGAAGAGCCCAGCGCGGGGUGAAGGAUUCAAGGGCUACAAAGAUUGCAAAGAAUAAGUCUACAGGCUUUUCUAAGAACCAAGCAUUUGGCGCCGUCGAGGGAGCAAGAGCAGACGAGGCGCAAGACGGAAACGUUAGUGAUGGAGGUUUUUUCGAGGAGUAA